AUGUCUGUUUUCAAUAGCUCUGGACUAUAUCCCCGCUUCCUCCUGACAGGCUUCUUAGGCCUUGAAAACACACAUGGCUUGAUUUCCCUCCCUAUCUUCCUGGUUUAUGCCACUUCAAUUGCAGGGAACAUUAUUGUCCUCUUUAUCAUCAGAACUGAGGCUUCCCUGCACCAACCAAUAUACUACAUUCUGUUGAUGCUGGCAUUCACUGACCUGGGCCUAUCCACUACUACCUUGCCCACAGUGUUCAGUGUCUUGUGAUUCCAUAUCCAAGAGAUUCCUUUCAAUGCAUGUCUGGUCCAGAUGUACUUCAUUCACGUUUUCUCCAUUAUUGAAUCAGCUGUACUGUUGUCCAUGACCUUUGACUGCUUUGUAGCAAUCAAAGAGCCCCUGCGUUAUGGAGCCAUUCUGACUAAUGGUAUAAUCAGUGGCAUUGGGUUGGCAAUUGCUGGAAGGGCCCUGGCUCUGGUUUUUCCAGCUUCCUUCCUCCUGAAGAGGCUUCAAUAUCAUGCUGUCAAUAUUCUCUCCUAUCCCUUUUGCCUGCAUCAGGACCUCAUAAAGACAACUAUAUCCAGCUGCCGGAUUAGCAGCAUUUAUGGCCUCAUGGUGGUCAUCUGCUCCAUGGGACUUGAUUCAGUUUUCCUCCUCCUCUCUUAUCUCCUCAUCCUUAGCACAGUGUUCAGUAUAGCUUCCAAGGCAGAGAGGAUGAAAGCCCUCAAUACCUGCAUAUCCCACAUCUGUGCUGUACUCACUUUCUAUACACCCAUGAUUGGGCUAUCUAUGAUCCACCGCUAUGGGCAAAAUGCUUCUCCUAUUGUCCAUGUGCUCAUGGCCAAUGUCUACUUGCUGGUACCACCCCUCAUGAACCCCAUUGUCUACAGUGUGAAGACCAAGCAGAUUCAUGACAGAAUUCUUAAGAAGUUCAAGAGACAGAGAGUGUAG